CUUCUGGUCAAGGGGACGGGUUCAGAGGAUUGAUCAUCCAGACAAUUUCCUCAUAUGGAUUGUAUUACAUUUUGUUUUGCUCCAUGAACGAUCUGUGUUUAAAUGGCUACGCCAAGGCCCGAGGCAGGAAAAGCUGGAACGACUCACGUUAGCUUCGUGUGUCAACGAUGUCGCCAGCCCUUGAAAUUAGAUUCAUCAUUUCAGUCACUGGAUCAGAAAGUCCUGACGGAGUUAACAGCCCCUCUAGCAUGUGCCGUGGAAUCAGAAGAUGCUGAUCAACUCAUCAGGGAGAAAGUGGUGGACUUUGAGUAUGAAGAAGACGGAAAUCUUGUGAGGAAGGUCAUUGGCCCCACAGAUGAAGUUGACAGCAGCCAGGACUUCACUCUGCUGGGAGAGACUGGGCCUGGUAGCAUGGAGAACCUCAGUCACAGACUCAAGGUGACAAGCUACCUGUUUGACAUCAUGUCCGGUCAGUCUGAGGUGGACCACCCACUUUGUGAGGAAUGCACAGACAACCUGCUGGAUCAGUUGGAUCAUCAGCUGAAAGUGACAGAGGAUGAGUGCAAAGAUUACAGAGACUUCCUGGAGAAACUGGGUACAUCUGGGGAUGAGGUGGACGAGAAGGCCCUCGACAAAGAACUACAACAGCUUCAGGCUGAGGAGGAGACACUGAAGCAGCAGCUGUCCAGUGUAGAGAAGGAGAGGGAGGAGCUUAUGGAGCUGAUUCAGAACGAGCGGAGGAACACCGAGGAACUGGAGCAGCAGGAGGCAAAGUACCGGAAAGAUUACAAUGAGUACAAACGCCAGGCCUUGGAGCUGGAAGAUGAACAAAGAAGUGUCGACAACCAGCUUCGGUACGCCCAGGCUCAACUCGAUAAACUGAAGAAAACCAAUGUGUUCAAUGCAACAUUUCAUAUCUGGCACUCUGGACAUUUUGGCACCAUAAAUAACUUCCGUCUUGGCCGUCUUCCUAGUGUGCCAGUUGACUGGAAUGAGAUCAAUGCAGCCUGGGGUCAGACUGUGCUACUCUUACAUUCACUGGCCAGGAAGAUGAACCUCACAUUCCAAAGAUUCCGACUAGUGCCGUAUGGAAACCACUCCUACUUGGAGUCCCUGUCUGACAAAUCCAAGGAGUUGCCGCUCUAUGGGUCUGGGGGAUUCCGCUUCUUCUGGGACACAAAGUUUGACCAAGCGAUGGUGGCCUUCCUAGACUGCUUACAACAGUUCAAGGAGGAGGUGGAGCGAGGUGACACAGGCUUCUGUCUCCCGUACAGGAUGGAGAACGGCAAGAUUGAAGACUCCAGCACAGGCAACUCCUACUCCAUCAAGAUACAGUUCAACUCCGAGGAGCAGUGGACAAAGGCUCUCAAGUUUAUGCUGACCAACCUCAAGUGGGGGCUGGCCUGGGUGUCCUCCCAGUUUGCCAAUAAAUAGAUACGUGUACAUCACAGUUGAUGUCUAGCAGCAGUACAUUAACACAACAACAUGUCACUGAUGUAGCAGAUAUGUUUACAGGCGGACAUGUUAUUCAACACAUUCAGCAAUCAUGUGUCCAUGUGAUGAUUUCCUCACAUAAUGAAAAUUACUUUGACAACUUCUUGAGAGGUCUGCCUGUGGAUAUCAGUGUUUUACUUUCAAGGUUUCAGAUUUCAUGGAGGUAUGUUCCACAAUACGACACGUGAAAAGUUUAGGUAUUAAUUGAAGGAGGUAACUCUAGGGGUGUUAAUGAUUUUGCACUACUUGAAGCUGUAUGGAUGAAAUAUAGAUAUGUUUAUGAGACUUUGUGAGUAUUAUGUUUACUUAUCAGUAGUUGAGUGCUGUUGCUGUAGGAACAUAUAGGGCGACAUGCAAUACAGUGAAUGGUGAUAUUUGAGUCUGUGUUUGAUACGUUCUAUACCAUAUUGUUAACACAAGUGUAUGAUAUUUAUUGCAACCUACAUUAUGUAUGUUAUCAGCCUGUUCAGUGCUUGUUGGUUUCACAUGUUUGAAGUUAAACCAUGAAAACCAUUGACUGAUUGUAGAACAUAUGACAUGUGCGUCAGUACCAAGAGGCCAUGGAAAGCCUCUUGCAGUUUGUGUCUCUGUCAGUUCCUUGGCUGUAGAUCUGUACAUCCAUUAACCUCCUGUGAGAUAUAGCCAGAUGGUAAAUAAAUUGUUUGCUUCAACUGAGA